CCAUUUCGACCUAUACGACAACAAUUCUCAUGGCACACAGGAAUCCGUGGCGCGAAAUGCUACCCCAAGACUAGUUGCUCACAUUAAUACCUUCUGCUAACACACAAUGAUCACUGUUGAACUAAUCAAUCAAGCUUAGAUAGAUAGUUUACCUCACCUUGGGAAGCCUCAGCAUAUUCUAUCCAACAUAUUCGAGUACAAUAUCCUCCUCAAACAUGUUUACUAAAGUACCUGUACUUCGACACCUCCUCCGCGCUGCGCAGCCAGCCACAGUCGUACGAAGAACUCUCAUGACUCUUCCCUCAUUUUCACUGGAAGGAAAAACUUGUGUUGUUACAGGUGCUGGAAGAGGAAUUGGGAAGGAAUGUCUUACAGCCUUUGCGCUGAGUGGUGCUCGCGGAGCUUGUGUUGAUCUUUCUCGAUCUAUCGGUGAAAAAUCAAUUGAUCACAUCAAAUCCAGCAUAAAAACCUCGAAUCCUUCCUAUACGCCAGACCUUCGUCCUUAUGGAUGUAAUGUGGCAUCCGAACAGGCAGUACAAGAAACAUGGGCGAAGAUCAUUGAAGAUUUUGGGCAUGUUGAUGUAGUUGUUACAGCUGCGGGUAUUGUUGAGAAUUUUGAGGCAGAGCGAUACCCUUUUGAUAAAUGGAAGAGAAUGAUGGAUGUAAAUCUUAAUGGAAGUUUUUUGUUUGCUAGAGAGGCGGGGAGAUAUUGGAUUGAGAAGAAAUCCAAGGGAAGCUUGAUUUUGAUAUCAUCGAUGAGCAGCAUGAUUUGUGUUAAACCACAAAAGCAAGCGGCUUAUAAUGCUGUAGGUUUAAGUUUCCUCUACGAGUCCGGUUAUGUUACGAGAUGUUAAAUAUUGAUAUGAAAGUCUAUGCUAACCUGAUGAAGUCCAAAGGGGCCGUCUCAAUGCUUGGUAAGAGUUUGGCAACAGAGGUAAGAACUCUUGUAUUCUAUCCCUUGAUGGGUUAGGACUUACCCGUAAUCAGUGGGGACCAUAUGGGAUCAGAGUCAACAAUUUAUGCCCUGGAUACGUAAAAACAGACCUCAUAAUUGAUCUUCUGGAGAAAGAAGGAAAACAUAUCGAAGAGAAUUGGGUUAAAGAUAUCCCAAUGGGUCGACUUUCUCAUCCAAGUGAGCUUCGAGGAACACUAGUGUAUAUGGCUAGUGAUGCAUCAAGCUAUCUAAAUGGCUGUGAUCUGGUAAGUCAAAAGCUUGUUCAUAUCUUGAAGUACUUACUGAGUUUUCUAAGGUCGUCGACGGCGGAUAUACCUGCUAUUAAGGUCAUCAGUGGAACUCUGACACCUAGGCAGGAUUUAGUUCAAAUACAAUAGUCCAUCAAUAUUUGAUCAAUUUGUUACAUUCAUCUCAAUCAAGAAGUUUCAUAUGUGAAUAUAAAUAUGAAUAUCAAUUCUAUUAUAUUGUAUUAUAUUCUCUUUGACUUUGACUUUGAGUUGAGGUUUGAGUAAGAGCAUGAAAGUUGAAGUGUUUUGUUCAAAUAGAAAAAGAGU